AUGAAAAUCUUAGAGAAUCUAUUCAACACGAUUUUUGAAAUCACAGAAUUAGGAGCUGAAAUGACGCUGCCAGUGACGAUUAUAUCUCAUUAUAUAAAAGCCUUGGAAACAAGUAAACUACAGUUUCCUGAAUUGCAAACACUGUGGUAUAAAAUGGGGCCAGAUACGCCGUUCUCAAAAACAUCAACUGAUUGUAAUGAAUUUCGUCUUUCAUCCAUGAAUUUGAUCAUAGUGAAUAUACGCAUCUCAACAGAGCUGAUCGAUGCAUGGGAAGAAGAACUGACAGAAACAUUAUUUAAUUUGAUUAGUAAUUUGGGUGGUACAGUCGGCCUAUGCUCAGCACUAUUCCAUGCUGCAGUGAGUUUAAUCCUUUGGUUUUGGUGGGCAGUCUAUCUAGGUCGUCCCCCAUUACCGAAUAUUAAUGAAUUGAAUGAAGUCAAGUACUCAUCAAUGAAAGCAGAAUGGAAAUAUGAUAAUAAUACUGGUGACAAUGAUAUAGAUGAUAUUGAUGGUCGUGAAAUUACGUGCACUUCGCCAAGUUCACUAAAUUCCACAAACACUCAUGAGACAAUCGAUGAUAACAGUUCUGUUAAUCAUGUUUAUACGAGAAAUGAUGCGAAAGAUAAUUCGAAAAAAUUUCAAAUCAGUAAGAAAAAUUCUAAAAAAGAAGAAAAGUUGGAUAUUAAUAGAGAUAAACAGCUGAUGAACGAUAGGGAACCACUUGAUCAGAAGAAUACGAAGAAGCCUUUCUCUAAAUUAUUUGGCUUUGGAAUGAAAGUAGACAAAUCGUCGUCAUCAUCAUCAUCUGUAAAAGAUGCUAACUGUAUUGGGAAUUAUGAAGAGAAUUUGCCAGAAUAUUCUCUGUAUCAGAAAAUCCUCCAUUCUGACCCACAAUCCAAUCGUGAUUCAGAUCAUCGGAGAAAUUCAAAUGUCAGAUCUGUUUUCAAAGAACAAUCUACUAUUGAUAGUAGCUAUAAUGAAACAAACGAUUUAAACCAACCAUUAACUCAUGAGAAUGAACUCCAAGAUGAUAUUUCAUGGUCGAGAGAUCAAUAUGACCUCUUCAGUGGUAAAAAGUUUCCAUAUCUUUAUCUACCUCCAUCCCCACCAAUUAAUCAACAAACAUGUGGUCGAGAAAAUGAGUAUGAGAUUUAUGCUAUUGCGAACGACAAUUAUUUGGACGACCCAUUACAACCAAUUAUAGAUCAAAGCAAUGUACCAAGAUAUUUAUUUGAGCGUUAUGUUGGUCUACCAGCAUAUGUGUCCAGAAACAAAUAGAAAUUCCAUGCAUUAAAUCUGACAUAAAACUGGUCUGGACUGAUAAGAGGGAAACAACCUAUGACAAACUCAUGUUUUGUAAAUUCUGAGAACUGCUUAUUGACUGAGCUCAUGUUACAAGAUGAAUGUGUAUUUGUUGUGGUUUGCCAAUACAAUAACAGUAUUUUGAGCUAACAAUUUACUUUGCAGGCGAAUUAUUUUAAUUCCUAUCUAGAGAAUUUUAAAGUUUACUUGUAAUUUC